CGUACACCUACUUCCUCUCCUCCUCUCUACUCCCUUCUAGGGUUGUGCUGUACCGCUUAAAUCAUUUGGGUGGGAAAUUGGGGGCACCGCCGUACGCAUCAAUUCUCCUAGACAACUAGAAUACACAAGCUAGCUAGCUAGUUCGCACCUGCUGAGACCCCCGUUCGCACCACCUUUGAGCCUUUUCCGCCGGCCGGCCGUUCGCCAUAUGGAGUCCAACGGCGGCGAGGGAGAGGGCGACAUCGACCUCAACCUCUCCCUGCAUCGGGCGUCGUCGCCGGAGCCGCUGGGCUACUUCACCUGCACCUACUGCAACAAGAAGUUCUACUCCUCCCAAGCGCUGGGCGGCCACCAGAACGCCCACAAGUUCGAGCGCAGCGUCGCCAAACGCACGCGGGAGCUGGCCGCCGCGCGCCGCCACGGCCACGUGGGCCAGGUCGGCGCCGGCGAGGAGGCCAGCAGGAGAGGGAAGGACCCGACCAGCAAUGCCGCCGGGAGCUCCUCGCACAGGAGGGCGUCUCCGCCGGAGGCAGCCCGCCGGGACCUCAUCGCCGAGGAGAUCGAUCUGUCUCUCAAGCUCUGAAUUACUGGAUCGAGGUUCUUGUCACUGCAAACUUAUGGUCUAUUCGCCUUAUUACUGGGUUCUUGUGAUUUCUUACUCAUUUUAUGUCUAGAAUGAAAGUAUGAAACCUCGCAUAGAGCUUCUUCUCCCUUUCC